CUUUGUCUUCUUCUUACAGAGAAAAUUAAAGAGCCUGCCUCGAUACUUUCACGGACUUGUCUCUCUCUCUUUUAACAUCUAAAAAUUUCCGAAAAAUCUCGCAAGGAAAAAAUGGACAAGUUUUGGACUUUCCUCACUGCUCUUCAUUCAGGCGCUGGGCCCAUAGUGAUGUUGCUGUAUCCAUUGUACGCAUCGGUGAUAGCAAUGGAGAGCGCAACGAAAGUAGACGACGAACAGUGGCUUGCGUAUUGGAUAAUAUAUUCGUUCCUCUCACUGACGGAACUGAUUCUGCAAUCGCUUCUUGAGUGGAUUCCCAUUUGGUACACCGUGAAACUUGUGUUCGUUGCUUGGCUUGUUCUGCCCCAGUUUCAAGGCGCUGCUUUUAUCUACAACCGUGUUGUCAGAGAGCAGUUCAAGAAACACGGCGUCCUCCGCUCUUCCCACCACUCCAAGUCCACCAAGCCCAACAUCCUCCAAUCCAUCUUCCCUCACCGGGAGGGACACGAGGCUCACAGUCACUGAUUCAGAAGACAGAGGAAGCCUUGUUGACAAGUACUAUUAUUGUAAUGGAGGUGUUGGAGUUGGUGGUGGUCCCAUCAAUGUCCUGUCUAAUCUACUAUUUUGCUUUUUGUUUUUAAUUUAGAAAAAAUGGGUUUGGAAUGUUGAUGAUGAUGAUGAUGACUGAACGAGGUCUGUCUCGUUUUAUAUUAGAAAAUGUGGCUUUUUCACCUUAUUGUAUUGAUUUAGCUUCCACGCGUAUAUGCUAAUGUUAUUCAAACAAAUCCCUCUCUAA